AUGAUAAUAAUAUAUUGUUGUCAACUUUUAAAGAUUCCUGCAGUUGGUGCACUCUUCAGUAGUAGAGAUGUUGAAGAGAGGAAGAAUAACAUAGAGAAAAUAUGGGAACAUCUUAGAGUUGUUGAAGAACAAUGCUUUAGCUAUGAGAAGAAAUUAUUUGGGGGAGACACUAUUAACAUUGUGGACAUAGCUAUUGGAUCAACUAUCAAUUUUCUUGUAACUAUUGAAGAUAUCAUUGAAGUGAAAAUCCUAGAUGGAGAGAAAUUCCCACACUUGUAUUCAUGGUUUAAUAAUUUCAAGGGUACCCCUAUCAUCAAUGAAAACCUCCCUAAUCAAGAGAAAAUGGUAGCUUCUAUCAUUAAAUUAAGGAAUACAAAAGUAGUUAAUAAUUAG